AUGCAUCCUUUGGUCAAGAGUGUCGAGUAUGCUGUGCGUGGUGCUUUGCCCAUUCGCGCCGAAGCUUUGAGUGCUCAAUUGAAAAAGGAUCCUUCCAAGUUGAACUUUGACAAGGUGGUUUUCUGUAACAUUGGUAACCCUCAACAAUUGAACCAGAAGCCUAUUACUUUCUUUAGACAGGUUGCCUCUCUUUGUGAAAACACCGAGUUAUUAAAGGCCGAGAACCGAGAACUUGUAUCUAAGUUGUACCCUGCAGAUGCUAUUGCUCGUGCUGAAAUUUUGUUAAAGAACAUUGGAAGCAUUGGUGCUUAUACUCAUUCAAAGGGUGUGCCUCACAUUCGUGAAAAUGUUGCUAAGUUCAUUGAACGUCGUGAUGGAUACGCUGCCGAUCCCGAGAAUAUCUUCUUGACUCAAGGUGCUUCCGAAGGCAUUCAAAAGAUCAUUCAAAUGUUGACUCAUAACACCAAGUCUGGUAUUAUGAUUCCCAUUCCCCAAUACCCUCUUUAUUCUGCCACUCUUUCACUUGUGGAUGCUGCUCCUGUGCAUUACUACCUUGAAGAGAAAGAGGACUGGGGAUUAUCGCGUGCCGAACUUCAAAAAUCUGUGGAUGAGGCCCGUAACAACGGCGUCAAUGUCUGUGCCUUGGUUAUUAUCAAUCCAGGUAACCCUACUGGCCAAUGUUUAUCUGAAGAAAACAUUCGUGAAAUCAUUCGUUUCUGUCAUGAUGAGCGUAUCGUCAUCUUGGCUGAUGAAGUGUACCAAACAAACAUCUACCAACCUGAGCGUCGUCCUUUCCACAGUUUCAAAAAGGUAUUGCAAUCUAUGGGCCCUGAGUUUAAUGAACAAGAAUUGUUCUCCUUCCACUCUACCUCAAAGGGUAUGAUUGGUGAGUGUGGUCGUCGUGGUGGUUACUUCGAGUGCGUCAAUAUCGAUCCUGCAAUCAUGGAUCAAAUCAACAAGAUCUCUUCCAUUUCGUUAUGUCCUAAUGUCCACGGUCAAAUCAUGGUUGAUCUUGUGACAAAUCCUCCCGCCGAAGGAGAUAUUUCUCAUGCUCAGUACAAGUCUGAAGUCGAUACUAUUUAUCAAUCUCUUGCCCGUAGAGCUACUAAGCUUGCCCAUUGUUUCAAUGCAUUAGAAGGUGUUACCUGUAACGAGGCCGAAGGUGCCAUGUACUUAUUCCCCAAGAUUGACCUUCCUGCCAAGGCUAUUGAAGCUGCUAAAGAGGCUAAAAUGGCCCCUGAUAUGUUCUAUGCUUUAAGCAUGUUGGAUCAUACCGGUGUCUGUGUUGUCCCUGGUUCUGGUUUUGGUCAAGAGGCCGGAACCUAUCAUUUCCGUUCCACUUUCCUUCCUGAGGAGCAUCUCUUUGAUGAUUUCUGUGGUGGUCUUGAAAAAUUCCACAAGAGUUUCUUGGAUAAGUAUAGAGAUUGA